AAGAAUAGAAACCAAACCCUUCCCUCACAGCAGCCCCUCCCUUUAGGGACCAGAGAGGCAGGAUUCUGAACCAGGACGUGAAGAGCAGAGAGCAAAGAUUGCGCAGCACCAUCUGGAAGGAAACCCAGGCAGAUCAGCCCUUGCUUACCAGCUGUUCUGAUCUCCUAAAACACCAGAACCGGCACUCUUCAUCCCAUCUGGUUCCAGAACAUCCCAGCUUAGAGGAUUCCAUAGAGAGCUACCCCAGUGACCUUGCUCCCAGAGAAGAGCUGACCUCUCAGGAGGGCCACUCACAUCAUCACUCCGGAACAGUAUUAUCAACUGCUCCCAGUCAUGGGUCAGACAUCCUCUUCUACACCCCCUCAGAAGGAGGAUCCUGAUUUGACCUCAAGCCUUGACUCCAAUCUUCAAAAUUUCAAGAUGGAAACCAAAGUCCUGUCUCAGGAAUUAACCACCUUGAUUGGAUCAUACCUAGAGGAUGGAAACCUUCGGGGAACAGUUUCUGCAAUCAGAGAUGCUCUGAGUGACAUCAAGAAAGCCCCACUGAACAUUGCAGUGAUGGGGGAGACUGGGGCUGGAAAAUCCAGUCUCAUCAAUGCCCUAAGGGGCGUGGGGCCUGAUGAAGAGGGUGCGGCUGCUUCCACUGGAGUGACAUGUACAACCACUGAGAGGACAUCAUACCCAUACUCAAAGUUUCCCAGUGUGACACUAUGGGACCUGCCUGGCAUUGGGUCCACUGCCUUCCAACCACAUGAUUAUCUAAAGAAAAUCAAGUUUGAAGAGUAUGACUUCUUCAUUAUUGUCUCUUCUGGACGCUUUAAACAUAAUGAUGCAGAACUAGCCAAAGCCAUUGUGCAAGUGAAUAGGAGUUUCUAUUUUGUGCGAACCCACACAGAUCAUGAUCUAAUCGUUCAAAAACAGUGUAGUCCUCGUAGAUUUAAUAGAGAGAACGUCUUAAAACAGAUACGAAAUUCCAUUUCAAGUAUACUUAAGGAAGUUACCCAGCAGGAGCCUCCAGUCUUCUUAGUCUCUAACUUUGAUGUGUCUGACUUUGACUUCCCAAAGCUGGAGACCACCCUUCUGAGGGAGCUCCCAGCCCACAAACGCCAUCUCUUCAUGCUCACUUUGCCAAUUGUUGCUCAUUCCACCAUAGACCAGAAGAGGGAUGCAUUGAAACAGAAGGUCUGGAAGGAAUCAGUAAUGCCAAGAGCAUGGGCCACCAUACCAUUUAUGGGCUUGACCAAAAAUGACAUAGAGAAGUUGGAAGAGACUUUGAACUUCUGUAGAUCUUCCUUUGGCCUGGAUGAAGCAUCCUUGAAGAACAUUGCUGAGGAUUUGCAGGUGCCACUGGAGGAACUCAAGGCGAAUAUUAAGUCUCCACAUCUGUUCUCAGAAGUUCAGGGUAAAUCAUUAACAGAUAAACUAUUAGAGUACAUUAGUCGUCCUUACUUUUCAAAGGCUUUCCACUUGCAAAAUUACUUCAUUGACACUGUGGCAAAUGAUGUUAAAAGUCUCCUUAGCAAAGAAGAGCUUUUUAUGGAGAAGCCUCUUCUACUGCAAAGAGCUACAGGCAAGCCUUCCGGACCCUCUGCUCCAAUGGCUCAGCUUUUGGCAUCCAGCUUUGAAAACUUCUUUAAGAAUUUCAAGAAGGAAAGCAAAAUCCUCUCUGAGGAAACCAUCACCUUAAUUGAAUCCCACCUGGAGAAUAAGAACCUUCCAGGAGCAGCUUCUGCGAUCAGCGAUGCUCUGAGAAACAUCGACACAGCCCCGCUGAACAUUGCGGUGACGGGAGAAACAGGGGUGGGCAAAUCCAGCUUCAUCAAUGCCCUGAGGGGAGUGAGGGAUGAAGAAGAAGGUGCAGCCCCCACAGGGGUGGUAGAGACCACCAUGAAGAGAACUCCAUACCCACACCCAAAGCUUCCCACAGUGACAAUCUGGGACCUGCCUGGCAUUGGGUCCACUACCUUCCCACCACAAAACUACCUAACUGAAAUGAAGUUUGGCGAGUAUGACUUCUUCAUUAUCAUCUCAGCUACACGCUUCAAAGACACUGAUGCACAUCUGGCCAAAGCCAUCGCCAAGAUGAAUACCAAGUUCUACUUUGUCCGCACCAAGUUAGAUAAUGAUUUGAGUAAUGAACAGAGGAGAAAACCUAAGAGUUUCAAUAGGGACAGUGUCUUAAAGAAAAUCCGAGAUGACUGUUCAAAGCAUCUCCAGGAGACCCUCUCCAGUGAGCCGCCAGUCUUCUUGGUCUCUAACUUUGAUGUGUCUGACUUUGAUUUCCCAGAGCUAGAAACCACCUUACUGAGCGAGCUCCCAGCCCACAAGCGUCACAUCUUCAUGAUGUCUCUGCACAGUGUUACAGAGACUGCCAUUGACCGGAAGAGGGAUUUCCUGAAACAGAAGAUCUGGCUGGAGGCCUUGAAGGCUGGAGCAUGGGCCACCAUUCCAUUUGGGGGCUUGAUCAGAGAUAAAACACAGAAGGUAGAGGAGACCUUGGAUCUCUACAGGUCUUACUUUGGGCUGGAUGAUGCCUCACUGGAGAAUAUUGCCAAGGAUUUUAAUGUGUCUGUGAAUGAAAUCAAGGCACAACUUAAGUCUCUCCAUUUGCUAACAAGGACCACAGACAUGUCCUUCGAGGAAAAAUUAUUGAAAUAUAUUGAAUAUAUUUCCUCUGUUACUGGGGGGCCACUGGCCACAGGCCUUUACUUUAGAAAGACUUACUAUUUGAAAAGUCUCUUCAUUGAUACCGUGUCAAGUGAUGCCAAGACUCUUCUCAAUAAGGAGGAGUUUUUAUCACAGAAAACUCAACCGCUGCACAACUCAUCUUGCCUGAUGUCCAGUUCACGAUAUUCUCUUCUACCAGAAAGAGUCAUGGCUUGGGCCUCCAGCUUUGAUGCAUUCGUUAAGAAUUUUAAGAUGGAAAGCAAAAUCCUCUCUGAGGAAAUCAUCACCUUGAUUAAAUCCUACAUUGAGGAAAAUAAGCUCCAGGAAGCACUUUCUGUAAUCGACAAUGCACUGAGAGACAUCAAGAAUGCCCCCUUGAACAUUGCUGUGACAGGGGAAACAAGGAUAGGGAAGUCCACAUUCAUCAAUGCCCUCAGGGGGGUGUGGGAUGAAGAAGAAGGUGCAGGCACCACUGGGGUGACAGAGACAACCAUGGAGAGAAAUCAGUAGGACCACCCCAAGUUUCCCCAGGUGUAAAUAUGGGACCUGCCUGGCAUUGGGACCACUAAAUUCCCACCACAAAACUACCUAACAGAAAUGAAGUUUGCUGAAUAUGACUUCUUCAUUAUCAUCUCUUCUACACACUUCAAAGAAAAUGAUGCACAACUAGCCAAAGCCAUCAAAGAGAUGAAGAUGAAUUUCUACUUUGUCCGAACCAAGACAGAUAAUGACUUAUAUAAUGAGCAGAAGAGUAAACCUAAAUCUUUCAAUGAGGAGAAAGUCACGAUGAACAUCCGAGAAGACUGUUCAAGGCAUCUCCAGGACAUUCUCUCCAGUGAGCCUCCAGUCUUCUUGGUCUCUAACUUGGAUAGGUCUGACUACGACUUCCCAGAGCUGGAAAUGAAACCUAGGGAGCUCCCAGCCCAUAAGUGCCACAUCUUCAUGCUGUCCUUGCACAGUGUUACUGAGGCCACCAUUAACCUCAAGAGAUUCCUGAAGCAGAAAGUGUUCCUAGAGGCCGUGAAGGCUGGAGUAUUGGCCACCAUUCCACUUGGUGGCAUGAUCAAGGAUGAUAUAGAGACUCUGGAUGAAACAUUCAACCUCUACAGGUCUUACUUUGGACUGGAUGAUGCCUCACUGGAAAAGAUUGCUGAAGAUUUUGACAUGUCUUUGAAUGAAUUCAAGGUGCACCUUCGGUUUCUCCAUUUGCUUGCAGAAGACAAUGAUGUGCCCUUAGAAGAAAGACUAGUGAAAUAUAUCAAACACAUUUCCUCUGUUACUGGUGGACCAGUUGCUACCUGCAUUUACUACAGAAAGACUUACUAUCUGCAGAAUCUCUUUCUUGAUAUUGCAGCAAAUGAUGCCAUAGCUCUUCUUAAUAAAAAAAAAAGCUCUUUUUUAAAAGAAGGUGGGACCAUAUAUAUCUAAGCACCCUGACUACUGGGAAUGAUGGGAAAAUGAGGCACAAACUCCAAUCAGUAUUUACUUUUCACCUUGCUUUGGACACUGACUCAUAACCUACUCCAGAGUAACAAACCUUCUCUGUGGAGCACCAGAGCAUUCAUCCUUUUCCUCUUCUGGAGCCAGAAGCUCACUGUGUCAAGUGUUCGAUCGUGCUGUAGUAGUAGAAGAAGAAUCACCAACACUGUGUGAAUACAUGAGGAAACCUCAUUUCCAUUAAAAUUGUAUGUAAAUAACACAUGAUAAUAUGAAUUUGAUUUGGAAUUCUGUUAUGAAAUGAAUCCUAGAUCUUUAGCCCCUGGGAAAGUCUUCACACACUAGUAUUCUCCAUUACUUUGAGGGGUUUCUGAAACAGCAUCAUCUGGUGCCCAAGAUUGUAUAGACAAACACAUCUGCUUAAAAGGUGUGAUCCUCACACAGGAGGCACACAACAGGUGGGGACUGUGACCAUAGGCCAAGUUCCAUCCCAGAGGAGCUUGGUGAAAAAAAAAAAAAAAUAGAAGAGUAACAUACCUAUAGAUCCACUUGAUCGAUACAAAUAAAGAAAUCUAUUUCAUGCUCUUCAAGGCAAAUAUGAGUGAACUGGGAAUUCACACUAUGUGAAUGGCAACUGAAACUCUUCAUUUGACCUAGUGGCAUUAGGAGCCUUGAUAUGUCACCUAGCAUGCCCUUUUGUCCAAUCAGCCCUACCCACAAAUGUUCAUUGUAAUCAGUCAUUGGUCCAGGUCAAGGCCUCUGGCAAACCAUGAUCACGACACACUCACAGAAACUCCCCUUGGUUAUUCGGCUGUUGCCCCAAGACCUGGAGAAACUGUGGCUAUUAUUCUGCAGGACCAGUCCCUUCACAUGCUCCAGCAGGUCAUAGAUGGGGUAGAUGAUAGAGUAGGCCAACCUAAGGCCAGUAUCUGAGUCUGGAUGGUAGCUGAGCAAUUCAGUCCCCGCCGCUGGAAUCAUCCCAUUCAGUGGAGGUAUGGAGCCAGCUCUCAUAGAUCCCUGUCAUUGGAACUAGCUCUCCUAUGGCCAUGGUGUACGGUGGGUCCAUCUCCCUUGUGUGCUGAGCCAGCUCUUCCAUGAGGAGUGGUACCUGCUACCCUGCUGCAUUGUCCAGCAAGGGGCAGGGCCAGUGAUGGGAGGGACAGGCUCAGCAAGGUCCUUGGAUUUCAACACUGCUGGAUUCUAUGAUGCCCCGUGAUAACAUGGGACAUUGACAUCAACACACACCCCAGCUGCAGCAGGAACAUGGGCCCAUACAUGGCCCUCAGCAGCAUCUUGGGCCCUGAUGUCACCAUGGCCCCAGUGGAAGCACAGGCUACCCAGAUCAGCACGGUCCCCAUGGCAGCAUGACCCUCAGAAAGCAACAUGGUCUCAGGUGACAGACCAGAGCCCAGGCAUCUGCAUAGUCCUUGGUAACAGGAGCCACAGACGUCAACUUAGUCGCUGGCUGCUAUAGGGCCAUGGAACCAGACAUGGCCUCAUCAGCAGGCUAGGCAACACUAUAGCCACUCAGAUUGGCAUGUCCAGGGGAAUGGCAGGGCUCUCAGACACUCAAUGGCCACUGGUUGAGGCCUAGACCCUAGGCAUCCCUGUGGCUUUUGGUGGCAAUAUGGGUCAUGGAUGUCAACACAGACCCUAGCUGGGUUAGACUUCAGAUGCAACAUGGGCCUACACAGCAGCUCUUCCCAGAUGUCAUCCUGAUCUGGGGAGACAAUCAGGCCAGCCAUAUCAGUGUGAUCUCAACUGCCUUCCCUUCUUCAAAUCAGCCUCUUUGCACAGCACUUGGACCAUUCUUCUUCUCUUGGUCUCUCAUUUCUCCACAGUAUAUUUGCUCAUCAUAAUGGCAUGGAAAGCCCAGUGUCUUCAGCCAGCCUGAGGUGUGAGGACCCAGGAAGUCCUGUGGUGUCUUUGACCUUUGACCAGUGGCACUGGACGGGCCUGUGGAUGCCUUCAGCCAGUCUGGACUGUGGAAGAACAAUCUUAAUGUGAGGCAGGACCCUCUUCUCAAGGCAGGGGAUUCUGGACUGCCUGAAGUGGGUAAGGAGAGAUGAACAUGAAUGCUUUUUACCCUUCUCUUUUUCCUGUGUUUGCAAUAGGACCAGUUCUCUCAAGCAUCCACUGCUGUGAUUUCCCCACUCUGGUGAAGUAUAACCUUGAACUGUGACUGAAAGAAACCUUUUCUGCCUUAAAUUGCUAUUGCCAGGGUAUUUUGUCACAACAACAGAAAAGAAAUUCAGACUGGCAACUAACACUGUACUGGGUAGCUGUUCCAGAUUUGACCUGGAAGUACUACCCCCAGUGAGGCUUCAGGUAACUGUCACGCCUACCUAUGACCUGCCCCUGAGGCGGGGCCAAGACAGGAGCUCUUAAGAUGUGAGAUCCAGAUGUGCAGGCUCUCCUGGUUCAUGGUAAUCCUGGAUGUUGGAUGGUCGACCAAGCAGAGUUCUCCAGCGAUUACCACUGGACUGCACUUUACCCCUUCCUGAUCACACUUCAUCGGUUCCGGACCCUGUAAUCUAUCCCUUUACUUGUUGUAAGUAAAAGCCCAAAUAACAUUCCUUUUAAUUACAUGAAGUUGCCUUAAUACUUGCACUAAUACAUCUGGAGAGAUGGCUCAGUGGUUAAGAGCACUGGCUGCUCUUUCAGAGGUCCUGAGUUCAAUUCCCAGCAACCAAACGCAACUCUUUGUAAAGCACCUGUGUAAUUUCCACACUUACAGCUUUCCUACCAAAAGAGGAGAGAUGCAUGCAUGGCAUUCCAAGAGCAAAAAUUAAAGUGCAUUUUGUCUCAGUUUUA